AUGCAGAUCUUCGUGAAGACCCUCACCGGUAAGACCAUCACCCUCGAGGUCGAGUCGUCCGACACCAUCGAGAAUGUCAAGCAGAAGAUCCAGGACAAGGAGGGCAUUCCUCCGGAUCAGCAGCGUCUGAUUUUCGCCGGCAAGCAGCUUGAGGACGGCCGUACCCUCGCUGAUUACAACAUCCAGAAGGAGUCCACCCUCCACCUGGUGCUCCGUCUCAGGGGUGGCGUCAUUGAGCCCUCGCUCCAGGUGUUGGCCCGCAAGUACAACUGCGACAAGGUUGUCUGCCGCAAGUGCUACGCUCGCCUUCACCCCCGCGCGGUAAACUGCCGCAAGAAGAAGUGCGGACACAGCAACCAGCUGCGCCCCAAGAAGAAGCUGAAGUAA